CUCAGGACGUAAAUAAGAAAGUCUCUCGUCACGAGAGUGAUUCAUUUAAUGAACAGAACUUCUGUGAGCGCUCUCGAUUUCAUUGGAGAAUCUUUCAGUGGGAAUUAAAUCAAGAUCUACUUAUAUGACACAGUGAUCUAUAUUUAUAUAUAGAUAUCUGGAUCUAAUCAAUAUCUACAAUAGUAUUAGUAGUUCAUAUAUACCGAUAUUUAUUACUAAGUCUACAAAUUGUGUUUCAAGGAUAACACAUCAUAUUGUGGUAUUUCUGAGAUAUUUAUCAUAUUAGAUAUACGCGCAAGCAAGCAUUGGAGUAAUCAAGCUUCUGUUCUGAGGAUAAUUAUUUCAUCCCUGUUUGAACCACCCGCUAUCGAUUUCCCGGGGACUGUACCGCCACCCCCCUUUUUUUUCUGUUUGUGUGCCAUUCCGGUGAUCGAUUUCCCGAGCUCUAGGAGCAUAACAUCAUCUGGCAAGGCUCACUCGAAAGUGCACGUUGUGCCAGCACUCGGCAGGCAGUCGGCAUAGAUCAAUCAAUAACCUCCAGCCAGAAACGAGACAGGAAAGACAAGGUCUGUAAUAAUGAAGGCUGUAGCUACUGAGAGACCGAGGUCUGGAAACAUUUUAGGAGUCAAGAAAGAUUCCAACUGCAGCAUCAUGAAGACUGCCAGCAUUGAAUUCCGGGGAGAGAAGUUCACACUCAGCGAUGAGAUGAAAGAAUGUUUUCUGAAACUCAGUGACAUGGUUCCUGAUGUUCCCCGUAAUGAGUCCGGCAACAUUGAUGGGACUGUUCUUAUGCAGUAUGUCAUCGACUACAUCCUGGAUUUGGAACUGCAGCUGGAUGGCCAGGGCAACUUUUCUACAUCAGCAGCCUUUGCUGCAUCUUUCCCAUCAAAAUUUGUCACAGAAUCUCAAGUAACCAGGGAGCCCUUAACGGAAAAAUCUUUUGACAACAUUGUGUCUUCACAUUAUGAGAUGACACCUUCUCCGUGUUUAAGAGAUGACUUGAUGUCACCGUCAGAUUGUGACAUCAGGCCUCCAUCAAAAUGAAACCAUUCUCCCUUAUCCUCAAUUCACCCACCGCACUCAUCUAUAUAUACUCAUGGCCAGCUGUGAUCAUGUUUAUCACCAUCCUGUCCCGCCCACUGCCUGAUAAUGUACAUUCUUUGCAAGCACCUGCAAUGUCCUGCUGACCAUCUGUCACUGUCUGUGGCCAUAUGUGCAGUAUAUGUUUUGGUUUAUCUCCCCACGUCUGGACUAUUUCCUUUCAUCUGCCACCGCCACAUAUUUUUUUUUUUGUGCUUGGACAUGUUCGGACUUCACUGUGCAAUCAACUAGUUGGAGAAAAUGGAUUUUUGCCAGCCUGAAUCGGAAGUGGAUGGAUACAUGGAUGAGCUUAUGCUGUGUUGAGUGUAAGACACAUUAUGAUCAGGAGGAAUAUAAUGUUUUACAUUCCCAAACCCAGUAAAGAAUAAAAAAGCAGCAGUAAUAGCCCCCCAGGUAAUCAGGAGGACUUUUUUGAACUGUCCACCACAGUUACUUUCUACGUGGCCGAGGAACUUGUCACCAUUUUUGGCAGUUACUUGCUACUUGGCAGAGGAACUUUCCACCACCUUAGCAGUUCUCUGCUUUGCCUGAUUUUCAUUCUGUUUGUCAUAUGACUGGCAUUGUUCUGAUUUUCCAGUUUUCAGAAAGUGAAUGUGUUGCUAUACUUGAAGAACAAAAAUCAAAACAUGGCUGUUGAUAACUAAUUUUGUACAUAUUGGUGAAUAGGGCAGAAAGUUCCAGCGUCUAGGCAUUUAGAUCAAAACAGUUGGUUGUAAGAUUGGUAUUGAAAUAUUUUCUCAGUGUUGUAAUCAAUGACACAUUUGUAUAUUGUAUUAUUAUUGUUACUUUAUUAUCUACUAGAUAGGUGGAUAGAAUUGAGUUUUUCAUUGUUAUGUAGAAAUUAGUUCUUUAGUAUUUCAGACUUCUUAAAGAAAUAUUUUGAUGUCCACUGGCUAGUCAGAAGAUGAUUGCACUUGUAAACAAAAGAAAAUGCAAUUUAAGCAUUUUUGUAUUUAUCACAUGAUGUAUCCUAUUGUGUCAUGUCAACUGAUCUUGGUUUAAACAGUUUAAUAAAUAUUUCUUAAUAUUAUGUUUGCUAUUUUUUUAGGUUUCAAUUUGUUCAUUUUUAAACUUUACUUUGUACUUAAAGCUUCAGAUACUUAAAACUUAAUUAACAUUUUGCCAUAAGAGUUAAAACACUCACUGAGAGUGACUUAAUUCUGUACAUAUUUUUUUUAUAACAAAAUUCUUAGAAUUUUUUUUGGUAAAAAACGCCUGCUUCAUAUUUUUUUAUUAAUUUGUUUUUUGGUCCCUUUACUUUUGUGAUAAUUUUUGUUUUUGUUCAAGCGUGGCCCAUUAUGAAUGAGUAGUUUGUUGUUUUUAAAGGUUAAAUCAUUUUGUAUGUCAUGUAUAUUGUAUGUCAAGGCAAAGGCUGUGGGCUUGCAUGAGUUUAGAACCUUUGUGUUUUGAGUGAGAUGUGAGGACGUAAGAGUUUAGAACCCUUGUGUUUUGAUUGAGAUGUGAGAUGAGAAUGGAGGAUGGAUGUACAAGCUGUAUAUAAUAGAAAGCAAUGUCUAAAUGCAGUGCUGGGUGAAUGUAACUUGAUGGUAAAUAGAUUAAAUAUCAUUUUAUGUUUUAAUUUUAUUUUGAAAGAAUUUUUUUUAUAUAUUAAAUAAAACUUUGAUAUUUUGAUGAACAUAAACAAA